CCCAACCAUCUCCUCCUCUUCGGAGCCCAAUCGACGAUCUCCGGUAACGGCGCAAAAGCUGGUCGUCGUCGUCGUCUCCGGCGACGAUGGCUGCACGGGCGCACGUGGAGAGGCUCCGGCGGGAGCGGUACUACAUCGGGCGCGGCGAGCAGAACCCGCUGGCGGAGGACAUGCACCAGGCGGUGAACUACCUGAGCCAGGAGCUCUACUCCAAGGACGUCCACUUCCUCAUGGAGCUCGUCCAGAACGCUGAAGACAAUGAGUACCCUGAUGGAGUAGCACCGUCAUUGGAGUUUCUAGUAACAUCAACUGACAUCACUGGAUCUGGCGCAUCGUCAACUUUACUCAUUUUCAACAACGAGAAGGGCUUCUCUCCAUCGAAUAUUCAGUCUAUUUGUGGUGUGGGGAAGUCAACGAAGAAGGGAAAUAGAGACAAGGGUUACAUUGGAGAGAAAGGUGAAUCUUUGCAGCUCAUGAAUCCUUCUGUGUUCACUUGGCCAAUUUGA